UGUCAGUAUAAAACAGAACUUAGAAUGAUGGACUUCCUUUCUGUUAUUACACUAUUUAAUUCCGUGAAUUUUCGAAAUUACCGUUGGAAAGUGUUGUUUGUGGCUCGUUAUCGAUGUAGGAUGCCUUUCAAAGUGAAUUAGCCGACAUUUCGAGACGGUUUACCAAAUAACAAGAUACCAUGACUUCAAGUCGUUUGGAUCGCCUCUUCGUCCUCCUUGAAAGCGGAAGUUGCGCCGUAACCCGUUCAACAGCAGCAAAACAACUCGGAGAAGUCCAAAAAUUACACCCCCACGAAUUAAACACUUUAUUAACCCGCACAGCAAGUUAUUUAAAAUCAACAAAUUGGGAAACGCGCGUUGCUGCGGCAGAGGCAGUUCGCGCAAUCGUCAGUAACGUACCUCAAUGGGACCCGAAACCGGUUACUUUAAAACCGGAGGAGGAACAAAUUCCACCAAUAUCAUGCAUCGGGCGUUUACGGUUCGAAAAUUUCGAUAUGGCUAAAGUUUUAGCGAAUAGCACGCAUUUAAUGGCAUCGGAAGGAAAAGAAUUUGAUGUUGAAGAAGAUUCUACUCUUGGAAUAGAUUUAAAGGAAAAAAUGGCGAAACAAAGACAAAUGUUAAAUGCUAGGUUAGGUUUAGAUGUUGUCGGAAAUAUAGGAUUAGAAGUACCCGAGCUUUUUACUAACGAUGAUUUAAAAAUUGAUGAAGGAGGAAGUGGGGGGGAUGUUGGAGUGAAAGAGGAAAAUAAAAAAGCUUUGAGGGACGUGAUUUCGAAUUCGCGAGAAAUUGGGUUAAGUUCGAGGGAAAUGAAUCGAGCCAGACGGAAGGCGAGGCAAGCAUUUGGUAAGCAAAGAUCGCGAGAACCAAUGGAGGAGGAUUUAGAACCCGAUUGGAAAAGAAUUAAAAUCGAAGAUAAAAUUAAAGAGGAAAUAAACACCGAGUUUGAGUUAAACGAUCACGGUGAUUGGCCGUUGGAGUGGUUUUGUGAUCAAUUAAGUCAAGAUUUGUUUAGUUCAAGUUGGGAAUCGCGACACGGCGCCGCCACAGCUUUAAGAGAAAUUUUAUCCGUGCACGGAAGCGGAGCCGGAAAGUCUAUUUAUUUAACUCAAUCCCAAAUGAAUGAAUAUCACCAAGCUUGGCUGGAAGACAUGUCAAUUCGCCUCCUUUGCGUCUUAGCCUUAGAUAAAUUUGGUGAUUUCGUUUCCGAUUCGGUUGUAGCCCCAGUUCGGGAAACAUGCGCUCAAUGUCUUUGCACCAUCCUAAAAUUAAUGGACGAAAACGGAUGUAAAGCAGCCCUCAAAAUCAUGCUUCAACUAUUAGAACAACAAGGUUGGGAAGCGAGACAUGGCGGUCAUUUAGGUUUAAAAUAUUUACUCGCCGUUCGCGAUGAUAUCGUCGAUGUAUUAUUAGAGAACGCGUUUCCCAAUAUUUUACGCGGUCUUUCUGACCCAGUUGAUGAUGUAGGAGCCGUCGCCGCUUCGGCUUUAAUUCCAAUUGCGGAGAAAUUGGUCGAAUUAGUUCCUGGGUCUAUUCCGGAGGUUGUCACGAAACUUUGGGAUCUUUUAGCGGAACAAGAUGAAUUGGCGGCUGCUUGUAAUAGCUUUAUGGGACUUUUAGCAAGAAUUUUAAGCUUGAAAAAAGCUCCGGAAUUAUUACCACCACAAAAUUUAUCCGAGGUUGUUCCAAGAUUAUGGCCAUUUCUUUCGCAUAGUGCUUCAAGUGUACGAAAAGCAACUCUUCAAACUCUCGGAACUUUAGCUGAUGGAAAUACGAUACAAUGGGAGGCUCAAUUACUUCAAGAUGCGCUUCGACACGUUUAUCAACGAGUUCUCGUAGAGCCCCUUUGUGACGUUCGGAAUUUGGCGGAUACAGUUUGGGGCCAAUUAAUCCGAUUUUCGGCUUUAGUUCCCCUCCUUUUAGCGAGUUGCCCCUUUAUAAGUAUUUGGUUAUGCCUCAGCAUGCAACCAGUUCGUAUUCCUUACGAUCAUAACUUAUUAAUUUUUGCAUCGACUCGGGAAAGGAAAGAAAAAAAGGGAAUCGAAGGAAUAAAUAAUUUCGAUCAAUCCGUCGUCGUCCCAAAAUUAUUCAUCGGAGGAAGCGAAACGACCGCUUUGAAUGUUCGAGAAGGUAACGCGAUUAAAGUGCGUUGUAUGGCUGCGAGGAUGCUGGGUUUGUUAUCGUUUUACAUCGUAAAACGAGCCCCUGGGGUGGAUUAUUCGCAAGAUCAAAUCCCGUUGAAUAGCUAUGUUAAUAUCUUAUUGGGGCAUUUACAAUCUAAAUCGGCUUUACAAAGGAUGAUGGCUGGUUUGGUGAUCGCCGAGUGGGCGAAACAAGAUCAAGACACGAUUUGCCCGGAACCCCUUAAAACGAUUUUACAUAAAUGUUUAUCGGAAUGCGUUUAUUUCGAGGAGAUUGCGAUGAGUUUUACGAAGCUCGCCCAAGAAACCAAAGAUUUUAUAGCGACAUUAAAACAUUACAAAGUUAACGUUAAUAUUAACGGGGAUUUAAAUGGAGUUUUAACUCUAGAUAUGAUGAAACACGUCACCGGGGUCGAAACACAAAAAGUUUUAUUAAAACAAAAAUUGAAACAAAAAGUUUCCGAUAAUUUAGAGGAAAGGCGGAAAUCUUUGCAUAAUUCGGUUUCUCAAACGGCGCAAGAUCAACUAUUAUUGAGUAUUAGCACAUUAGCCGCUUUAUCAGGGGCCGUAGUAAUGUUUAAAGCACUCCCGGAGAAGUUAACCCCCGUUGUAAAACCUUUAAUGGAAUCAAUCCGGCGAGAAAACGAAGAAGAAUUACAACAAAUCGCCGCGAAGCAUUUAGCGAAGCUAUUAGAUCAAUGUCGAGGAAGGAAUCCGUGCCCAAACGAUAAAAUUUUAAUUAAUUUAUGUACUUUCUUACGUUGUGACCCAGAAUUCACCCCGGUUAUUCAUAAAAUUUUUCCGGGGCAAUCAAACAACGAGCAUUUAAUUAACCAACCAAGAGGGAACUACAACGGAAUUGUUACUUUAAAUAACCAACAAAGAAACGCGGAGAAAGCUGCGUUUAAACGAUCAAAUUCAACAGGGAGAGGUCCCGGGAGACCCCCAGCCACCGAUAUCCCCCUUGAAGAGUUAUUCAAAGAAGAAGAUGAGGUUCAAAAAUCAAAUCGAAUUCAACGUCGAGGUGCAACGUUGGCCCUAACUGAAAUUGUCGUUUAUUUUGGAAAAAAUCUCCCUGAAAACUUAUCGAAAAUGUGGGAAUUAAUCGUUGGGAAAUUAAUCGAAUUAGUUAACCCAGAAACUUUUGAUCCAAACCGUACUCAAGGUAACGACGACGAAGCGGAACAAUUAGUUUGGAGUUUACAAGUUUUAGAGAUAACCAGCCCGAACGUUCACCCAGAUUUACACGAAAAAUUAUUGGAGAAUUCAUUAAAUCGGCUCUGUUUGUUAUUAUCGCAUCAAUAUCGAGCCGUGCGCCAUUUAGCAUCACGUUGUUUGGCGGUUUUUGCCCGAAUGAAUUCAGUGGCUGUUAUGGAGUUGGUCGUUGCGAAAGUUUUACCUCAAUUAAGUGUCGUUGAUAACGAUAUUAACCGGCAAGGAGCCGUUGAGGCGAUUGCUUGUAUCGUCGAUGCUUUACAAUUUGAUAUAGUCCCUUAUGUUGUGUUGUUGGUUAUCCCAUUAUUGGGGCGAAUGUCAGAUCAAAAUCAAUGCGUGCGAUUAAUGGGAACUCACAGUUUUGCGACUUUAGUGCAAUUAAUGCCGUUAGAUGGGGCCGUUCCCGAACCAAAAGGAUUAAAUUUAAGUAAAUUAUGCGAACAACGUAAUCGAGAACGAUUAUUUUUACAACAAUUAUUAACUCCAUCUACGAUUCCUGAUUAUGUCGUUCCAGUUCCGAUUGAUGCCUCGUUGAGGAGUUACCAACAAGCCGGGGUGAAUUGGUUGGGAUUUUUAAAUAAAUAUAAACUCCACGGGAUUUUAUGCGACGAUAUGGGAUUGGGAAAAACGUUACAAUCGAUUUGUAUUUUAGCCGGAGAUCAUUUUUUGAGGGAUAAAAAGUUUAAGGAAACUCGUGCGGUUGAUUGCGCCCCAUUACAAUCUUUAGUGAUUUGCCCCCCUACACUAACAGGUCAUUGGGUUUAUGAGGUUGAAAAAUUUUUAUCCCACAAAUACAUCCGACCACUUCAAUAUUAUGGGACACCUGUAGAAAGAGAGCGUUUACGCAACAAAAUGGACCGUUAUAAUCUCAUCGUUGCUUCCUACGAUAUCGUCCGAAAAGAUAUAUUAUUUUUCGCCCCUAUAAAAUGGAAUUAUAUAAUUUUAGACGAAGGUCAUGUAAUUAAAAACGGAAAAACCCGCACGAGUAUGGCGAUAAAGCAAUUAAACGCGAAUCAUCGUUUAAUUUUAAGUGGAACUCCGAUACAAAAUAACGUUUUAGAAUUAUGGAGUCUUUUCGAUUUUUUAAUGCCGGGAUUUUUGGGAACGGAGAAACAAUUUACCGCGAGAUAUUCUCGCCCAAUUUUAGCCAGCCGCGACCCGAAAUGUUCCCCGAAAGAACAAGAAGCGGGGGCUUUGGCGAUGGAAGCUUUGCAUCGACAAGUUUUACCGUUUUUAUUACGCCGAAUGAAAGAGGACGUUUUAGAUGAUUUACCCCCGAAAAUAACGCAAGAUUACUAUUGCGAAUUAUCACCGUUACAAGAAUUGUUAUACGACGAUUUCUCGAAAUCGCCCGCUCAUCAAACGUUGGAAGAAUCGUUGUCAACGGGGGCUACGGCGAGUUCGAUGCAGGGAAACACGCAUAUAUUCCAGGCGUUAAGAUAUUUACAAAACGUUUGUAAUCAUCCGAAAUUAGUUUUGGGGCCGAAUCAUCCCCAAUUUGGAGCUAUUAAGGAAGUUUUGCAAACGCAGAAUUCACAGUUGAAUGAUAUUCAUCAUUCGGCUAAAUUACCCGCUUUAAAACAACUGUUACAAGACUGCGGAAUUGGUUUAGCAAUGACUCAAUCUUCCGAAUUGGUGAUAAACCAACAUCGCGCAUUGGUUUUUUGUCAAAUGAAAUCGAUGUUGGACAUCAUCGAGAACGAUCUCUUCAAGAAACACAUGCCCACCGUUACUUAUUUGAGGUUGGAUGGAACCGUUCCGGCUAGUCAAAGACAAACAUUAGUUACUAGAUUCAACAACGACCCUUCCAUAGACGUUUUAUUAUUAACAACACAAGUGGGUGGAUUAGGUUUAAAUCUAACUGGUGCUGAUACGGUUAUAUUCGUUGAGCAUGACUGGAAUCCAAUGAAAGAUCUUCAAGCUAUGGAUAGAGCCCAUCGGAUCGGACAAAGAAAAGUUGUUAAUGUGUAUAGGUUAAUUACAAGAUCGACUUUAGAAGAAAAAAUUAUGGGGUUACAAAAAUUCAAAGUACAAACAGCAAAUACAGUUAUAAGUGGAGAAAAUAGCCGAUUAGAAACGAUGGGGACAGAACAAUUAUUGGAUUUAUUCUCAAACAAACCAUCAACGUCUCAAACGGUUACGAAUAAAACCGCACCAGGAGGUGUUAAAGCCAUCUUAGAAACACUCCCCGAUUUAUGGGAUCAAAAUCAAUACGACGAUGAAUAUGACUUAACUCAGUUUCUUAGUAAAUUAAAAAGUUGUUGAAUCAAAAAUAAUUGUAAUUAAUUAAUUUUCUUUUUUCUGGGUAUCUCAGAGUUUUUUUAUUAAUUUAAUUUAAUUUCUUUGCUAUAAAGUAUUAAUUUCUAUUAUAUUUUUUUUUACAACAAGAACCUAAGCAAUAAAUCCUUUCCGUCUGUUAAUUAAUUAACCUAUAAUAUAAAGAAUUGGUAAAAAUAAGUAAAUGUUGAAUGUGUGCUUAUGUGUAUAAUAAUGUUUUCAUUGUGAUCAAUAAAUCGAUUAAUAAAAUAAAAAA